UAUGUAAUGCGGUAUUCAAAUGCGUUGAUGAAAUUCCAUUUCUAAAUCAAGGAGAUCUAUGCGUUAGAGAUGGUAGUUGUUCAACUAAAAUUUGCCGCAGAAGUGAUAUUGAUGCAGGAAAAUGCCAAACUUCCGAUAAACGUUCUACUGGAGAUGGUUGUUUACCUGGUUUAUGUCUAGAAGCAACCCAAUUCAUUGCUUUAAUAAUAUCACUCCAUUUUCCAGAUCCUGAUCUUCCUAAAGCUUUAAAACGGCUUCCUAUAUAA